UCACUUCCAAUUUCACUCCCUUCUCUCUCUCAAAUCUCAAUAUGCCUCUGCACUUCAAUUCUCUCUUCUUCUUCUUCUUCCUCACUCUCUCUACCCUCACAAUGCAAUUAGGGUUUUCUGCAACCCCUUGAUUUCCUCAGAUCUAUCCAAUUUCGUUUUCUUCUUAUGCUUUUAGCAAACCCAGAAUCAUUUUCAUCGUUCUCACCAUUUGAUUUUGGAUUUCUGUGAAAAUCGUGUUCUCUUUUGUUACUAAUUUGCAGAUCCAAGCUAGAAAUGAUGAAUUUUCUAUGAAUUGAUUUUUAGGGUUUUUUUUUAGAUUCUAGAUUUGAAGAUCUUGAUAAUUUCACACUCAUGUAUGAGGUAAAGAUCUGUUUUUCUUGCCUUUGAUUCAAUUGGGUAUCUCCAAGUUCAGAUCUUUUUUUCUUUCCCUUUAGAAUGAAAAUUUUCCGGGAAAGUGGGGUAGUUUGGAUUUUCUCUGAGUGAGGGUGAGUGAGAGAAAGGGGUAAAAAUGAUGAAUUAUUUCCCCGAUGAGGUAAUAGAGCAUGUGUUUGAUUAUGUGGUGUCACACCGUGACAGAAAUGCGUUGUCUUUGGUGUGUAAAAGCUGGUAUAGAAUUGAGAAAUCUACCAGGAAGAGGGUGUUUAUAGGGAACUGUUACUCUAUUAGUCCUGAGAGAUUGAUUCAGAGGUUUCCUUCUCUAAGGUCUUUGACUUUGAAGGGGAAGCCUCAUUUUGCUGACUUUAGUUUGGUUCCUCUUGAUUGGGGUGGUUUUGUGUAUCCAUGGAUUGAGGCCUUGGCCAAGAACAAGGUUGGAUUAGAGGAGCUUAGGUUGAAGAGGAUGGUGGUGUCGGAUGAGAGCCUGGAGCUACUUUCUCGUUCUUUUGUGAAUUUUAAGUCGCUUGUUCUUGUUAGCUGUGAAGGGUUCACUACUGAUGGCCUUGCUGCUGUUGCUGCCAAUUGCAGGUUUGUUAGGGAGCUGGACCUGCAAGAAAACGAAGUUGAAGACCAAAAAGGCCAGUGGCUUAGUUGCUUUCCUGAUAGCUGUACAUCACUUGUCUCUCUCAAUUUUGCUUGCCUUAAGGGAGAUGUUAACUUGGGAGCUCUUGAGAGGCUUGUGGCGAGAUCUCCAAACCUUAAGAGCUUAAGGUUAAACCGAUCUGUGCCCAUUGAGGCACUCCAAAGGAUAUUGAUGCAAGCGCCCCAACUAGCUGAUUUGGGUAUUGGAUCAUUUGUCCAUAAUCCUUUUUCAGACGCCUUCUCAAAGCUAAAGAAUACCAUUCUUAAGAGCAAGUCAAUUACCAGUUUGUCAGGAUUUCUGGAAGUUGGUCCUUUCUGCCUUCCAGCUAUGUAUCCAAUUUGCCGGAAUUUAACAGCCUUGAACUUGAGCUACGCAGCAGGCAUUCACGGCAAUGAGCUAAUCAAACUGAUUUACCAUUGUGGGAAACUUCAGCGCUUAUGGAUAAUGGAUUGCAUUGGAGACAAAGGACUGGGUAUUGUGGCUAGUACAUGUAAAGAAUUGCAAGAAUUGAGGGUUUUCCCAUCUGCUCCCUUUGGAAAUCCUGCAGCUGUCACUGAAAAAGGACUGGUUGCAAUAUCAGCAGGUUGCCGCAAGCUUCACUCGCUUCUCUACUUCUGCCACCAGAUGACAAACGCUGCCCUCAUAACGGUGGCCAAGAACUGCCCGAAUUUCAUCCGCUUCAGGUUGUGCAUCCUUGACGCAACAAAGCCUGACCCCGAUACAAUGCAGCCGCUGGAUGAAGGUUUCGGUGCUAUUGUGCAGUCUUGCAAGCGGCUGAGGCGGCUAUCACUCUCUGGCCAGUUGACCGACCAGGUGUUCCUCUACAUUGGCAUGUACGCUGAGCAGCUUGAGAUGUUGUCCAUUGCGUUUGCCGGGGAGAGUGACAAGGGAAUGCAGUAUGUGUUGAACGGAUGCAAGAAGCUUCGGAAACUCGAGAUUAGGGACUGCCCUUUCGGCAACAUGGCACUUCUGGCGGACAUAGGGAAGUAUGAAACAAUGCGAUCCCUUUGGAUGUCAUCCUGUGAAGUGACUGUGGGAGCAUGCAAGGAACUCGCGGAGAAGAUGCCGAGGUUGAAUGUGGAGAUCUUCAAUGAGAAUGAGCAAGAAGAGUGUAGUCUGGAAGAUGAGCAGAGUGUAGAGAAGAUGUAUUUGUACCGUACAUUGGCUGGGAAGAGGAAUGAUGCACCAGAAUAUGUAUGUACUUUGUAGGUGCAUUUUAGGUCAUUUAAUUUAAUUUCUUGUUAUUCAGCGGUUUGUACUUGUUUAGGAGGACUGAUUAAUGCAAUUUUAGCUGGCUGUAGUGGUUUGUUAUUUCCAUGGACUUGCUAGGUUUAUACAUAUUAGAUGCCUUCUCUUUUCUCUA